AUGGAUCCCGCACCCUCCAAAGCUAUCACUAGGCCGGUCUGGGAGGAAAUCGCCCCCGAGAUCUGCAUCCUAUCCAGCCUUCUCGCCGCCAGUAGCCGGUUUGAAAUGAAAUUAACCUCUAUUUCGGCCAGCUACUUCGAGAUGGCGCUCUCGAGAUCCACGCGACUGCAAGCUACUGGAACCACUAGUGGAUUUUGUGAGGAUACAGUGGCUGAAGAUAUGGUCGUGUCCCCAUAUAAGGAGCAUCAACUCCUUCGGUUGCACUCAUUCCUCAUCCAAACAUCCACACUUUCUCAGAACACAAACUACCAACCUCGAAUCAAUCUCUCCAAGAUUCAACCCUACCAAACUCAAGCAAACCCCCAAGCAUUCUCCCAAAAGAUCCCAGCUCGCGCCACCACAAUCUUCCCAGUUUUUGAUUCCUCAGAUUUCGGAACUCACCCCCGGCCUAUAAGCUUGCAUCAUCUCCUUUGCCUCCUUGGAACCAAUCCAUAUUCAUUUUUCAAGAUGAUGACCAACUCCCCACACACCACCUACUUCUCUUUCCCUGCCUACGAGAGCCACUUCGUCAGCGAGGUAGAAGCGGAACCCGCCCCAGUCACCCCAACCCUCUCCCAAAAAGCGCUCGAGCCAAUGGUCGACUACGCGACCGAAACCUACCCAAUCAUCCAGCGGGAUGGACGUCUCGAGGCCGAAAUCGAGCUCAUACUGUACCUGGCCGGAGCCACUUCGCCCUCUGCUGGGCGGAAAGCCGCCUCGUUGUACUCGCAGUCCUCAUCUAUCAACAGCUCCAUCAUCUCAUCCUCUUCUUCCUUGAUCAAAUCCAUCAAGAGCUGGUGUCGGUUCAGUUAG